GGGGGCGCGCGCCGGCGGGAUGGCGGCGACGGGCGCGCGCAUGCGGGGGAGGGAGGGAGGGAGGCGGCGGAGGAGCACUGGCGGGGCCUGGCCGGGCCGGGUCGGCGCGUCUCCUUCUGGGCCCGCACCGGGGGCAGGCGGCGAGCCGGCCGCGGCGGCCGCAGGUUGAUGCCCGCGGCCCGGCAUGGAGCAGGCCUGCGAAGUGAGCCGCCGGAGCUGCCUCGUCCCCUUCGGCACCUCGCUGGCGGCCGCCGAGGCCAAGGGCGGCCCCUUCGGCGAGGGCCGCGGCCCCGAGCCGCCCGCCAUGCAGCUGGCCGCCGCGGCCGCCAAGCCCGUCUACGGCCAGGACCCCUCGUCUUGCUACAUCCCGCUGCGGCGGCUGCAGGACCUGGCCUCCAUGAUCAACGCCGAGUACCUCGGCGGCGCCGCCGACGGCGCUGAGGCCCUGCCCGACCCCGGCUCGCCGCCGCUGCGCGCCCCCGCCGCGCAGGACCCGGCGGGCGGCGCGGACUGCCCCGGCCUGGUGGCCGACGUGCCCCGCGGGGGCCUGGCCUUCCCUCUGCUCCUGCGGGACGGCGAGGAGGAGGAGGAGGAGGGCGCCGAGACGCCGGAGGAGGAGGAGGAGGAAGAGGAGGAGGACGACGACGACGAGGAGGAGGAGGAGGACGGGGAGGAGGACGCGGAGGAGGCCGAGCUGGCCGCGGCCGGCUCGCGGGAGCGCGGUGGCGUGGCGGAGCCGAGCCACGGCGGCGCGGGCCGCCCCGCGGGGCUGCCCGGCUGCCGGGACGCGGCGGCGCGGGAGCUACCCCCGCCGCCCUGCCCGCAGCGAGCGCCGGCGGCGCCGCCCGAGCCCCCGGGCAGCCCCGGCGCGCUGGGCAGCGCGGCCGAGAAGCCGGAGCCUUCGGCCACCGCCGCCCUGCAGCUCAUCCGAGCCAAGAAGAAACCUACUCCAGUGAAGUAUGAAGUUGGGGAUCUUGUUUGGGCCAAGUUCAACAGACGCCCAUGGUGGCCAUGCACAAUUUGUCAUGACCCAGUGCUGGACUGUCACUCAAAAAUGAAAGUUUCCAAUCGGAGACCAUACCGAGAGUACUAUGUGGAUGCCUUAGGAGAGCCUUCAGAGAAAGCCUGGGUUGCUGGAAAAGCUAUUGUCCUCUUUGAAGGAAGACAUCAGUUUGAAGAGCUGCCUAUUCUUCGGAGAAGAGGAAAGCAAAAAGAAAAAGGCUACAAACAUAAGGUUCCUCAAAGAUUUAUGGCUAAAUGGGAAGUCAGUGUUGGACAGGCAGAAGACGUUCUUCUCGGGGGGCCAGAGGAUCAAAAGUGCAGCCAGAACUCCAGCGAGCUGGACAGCGAGAAGGAAGCGCAGUUGGAAUACUAUGCCAAUGGCCCUGGAGCAGAAAGGGACAGGCAGCUGAAUGGUUGUUUUAAAUCCUUGGCGUUUGACUCCAGACACCCAGCCAGUGAGAAAGGAAAGUUGCACAUUAAGCCACACAUGAAAAAGAGCUCUGACAGUAGAAAAAGGACUAGAGUAAAAAAGAGUGGCACAAGAGGGGAAGCAUCUAGGGGAGAAAUCAAAGAAAAGACGUCAGAGAGCAUAGUUAGAAACAUGAUUGUUGGGGACCUACCAGAUAAACAUGCAUCUCAUGAACUUCGCCGCAUUGCAAGCAGCCUAACAGCAUCCAGUGGCCGCAGGGAAAACCAUUUGCUUUCCUCCUUUGGAGAAAGACGUUUUGAAAAGGCGACUUUGAAACCAGAGUAUGAGACUCGUAAAACUGAUACUCUGAAAAACACACUCCAGGGGGAUUUGUUUUCCAGUGCAUCUUUGGAGAGAGAGAAGAGCUCCCUGGGCAUUCUGUGCAGUUCCAAAUUACAAAUACACUAUUCCGCGUCUGAUACUGGUAUUGAGAAAAAGCAAACCGAAUCGGAUACAUCCUCUUCCCUCUCUGAUGAUGGAAACAGUGAUGUAGAUACCAUGGACCAAAGUUCGGAGAGAGCCUCUAGCACUCUUGAAGUUAGUGAUUCUUCAGAUAAAAUGGAGAAGGAGUUUCCUAUGACGUCAAGUGGAAACAUUAAGCUUUCCAUGUAUCUGUCUCAGAAGAGCAACAGAAGGGCCAGGAAGAAGUCACACAGAGAUCGCAAAUCUCUGGGAGGUUCAGUAGCCAGCAGACUUAAUGCUGAAUUUGCAGAUGGGGAGCUUGAAGGAGGCUCCCCUGAUGCUGAGAUGUCACUGAUGGCUCUUGAGUGCUCUUCAGACAUGAGAAAUGACAAUCUUUCCCUAGUAAACAAGCACACUACUCCCCAAAGUGUUUCCAAGGACAGCUCCUGGGCUGCUGUUCCAAAUCAAGCAAUCUUAAAACCGAAAAGCAUGAAACUGCCCCGGAUCAGGAGUAUAAAGUGUAAACAUAAAGAAAAAGUUGCUGGCUUGGAACCUUCUCUUGCAGAAGAGGAGCGUAGCGUGAAUUGCUGCUCUCCUGAUACCAAAGGUUUCUCUGGCCUUCAUAGAGAUUCUCUUCCUAAAAGUGGAAAAGUUGAUGGUCAGAAACUGUUAAACAACAUGCAUGAAAAAGCCAGGGAUUCUGCUGAAAUAGAAACGGCUGUGGUGAAACAUGUCUUGUCAGAGCUGAAGGAACUGUCUUAUCGGUCCAUAAAUGAUGAUGCUAGUGACUCUGGCACUCCGAAGGCCACAGUACCUUUACUUUUCUCUUCCACCUCUGGUCACAGUCGUUUACCUAUUGAGCCAGAUUACAAAUUCAGCACCUUGUUAAUGAUGUUGAAGGAUAUGCAUGAUAGUAAGACAAAAGAGCAGCAACUGAUGGCUACUCAGAAUAUGGUCCCAUAUCGAAAUACCAGUACGGCUGAUGGCUCUGGAAGCAAUUCUGCGAGUGGUCUGAAAUCUUUGGCUGUUGUAGGCCCCCCAUAUAAAAUAGAAAAAAAUGGUGAUUGUGUCCAGGAAACAGUAAAUCCAAACUCCAAUAUAAGCAACUCCUCAUUUUCACGCAAUCCUACAACCAAGUUAACGGGGAUUGGUACUAGCAAAAGGGAGCCCAUGAAUACUGCUGUUUCUGGGACAAAUGGCACAAAUUGUGUAUCCAAACGCAACUGUUCAAAAUCUAAGCAGCCAUCAAAACUUGGAAAUAAAACAGUUUCAAACAGAAAGGACUUAAAACCAGGAGGGCAAAGUAAGUUGUUAAGUCGGUUAUCCAGAGAUUCAGGAGAACAUGCAUUCCGUGUUCGUGGUUUGGUUACCAGUCCUCUAGGUAAUGAAGCAGAAGAUACUGCGAGGAAAGAGUCUGUUGAUUUAACAGAGCAUUCAACUGAUGAAGACUCUGCCUGUUUAUCUGAUGACAAUUUAGAUCGUAUUGGAAGGAGACCUGAACCUGGUAGAAAUAUUGAGAGCUGCAUUUCUGCUGAAAAUGGGGAGAGUCCAGACUUGGAUUCAGAGGCAAAUAGUGAGAGCUCUCUUGGUGAUGAGUCUAAUGAUAUGAAUCACGUAGCACCCAAAAAGCGAUGGCAGCGUUUUAACCAAAGCAGUGCUAGAUCCAAUAAGCACAUCAGUAGAUCUAGGGAACAAGGAAACUUGGAGAGUGCCUUUGGCCUGAAUUCUCGUGGCUUUUUGCUGAAGGGAAAAGAGUGCUUGGGACGUAGGCAUUCCUCUCAUUCGAAGGUGCUUGAGGGAGACCUAACAGAUCAGGACUAUGAGAAUCAUUUAGACUUAGUUGAGAAACGUUUGAAUGUAUGUGGUAAGCCAAACAACAGUGUGAUGGACUCAGAAACAGAGCUUGGCAACUUUGCUCCCCAGUCUGAAUUCUCUGCACAAGUACAUUCAGAGAGGAAACGCCUUAGAAAGCCAAGUAAACGGCUUCUGGAAUAUGCAGAAGAAUAUGAUCACCUAUUUGCACCCAAGAAAAAAUCAAAGAAGAGCCAGGAGCAAUUACAGAAGGUGAAUUCUGUGGUGAAGUCUGAACUUGAAGGAGGACUUCCUGCGCUUUGCAGUCCUGGAAACGAUGCCCAGCGAGGGCAGAGUCCUUUGGUUUCAACUCCAUCUUCAACCAAAGAGUCCCCUCCAAUCCUUGAAGCAGAGUGCUCCCUGUCAGAACUAGGAUCCCAUUCCACUGAUCCCACUGACCAACUUUUAGAAGAACAUUCGGACUUACCAGAGCUCGUGCUGUCUUCCUCAGAUGUUUCUGAAGUUUCUGCUUCUCCAGAAGCAGAGGAAAGAUUCCUGAAAACAGGAAACUUCGAAAGCAAGCGUCAAAGGAAGCCCACUAAAAAGCUUUUGGAAUCUAAUGAUUUGGACACUGCCUUUAUGCCAAAGAAGGAGGAGUGGACUCCCCCAAAGAAGGGCACUGGCCCUUCAGAGAGUGACAGCUCUGAGCUAUACUCUCCAGCCCACUUCUUGGACCUGGGAGAAGCUCCUGAAAAGCUCUUGGAGAAGCAGCGGAAGCGGAAGCGACAGCGCCAUCCCUCUGUUGCGAUGCACUCCAAGAAGGAGAGAAAUGAGGAAGGGCUGGGGGAGGCCCCACACUCUGAGGGGGAGACAUCAGUUCAUGGGACUGCUGCAAGCCCCAAAGAGGGUAAUGAAGAGGGGUCUGAGAAUGACCAUGGAGUGCCUUCGUCCAAAAAGAUGCAGGGGGAGCGUGGAGGAGGAGCAGCUCUCAAGGAAAACGUGUGUCAGAUCUGCGAGAAGCCAGGGGAAUUGCUGCUGUGUGAGGCGCAGUGCUGUGGUGCUUUCCACCUGCAGUGCCUUGGGCUCUCGGAGAUGCCAAAGGGCAAGUUCAUCUGCAAUGAGUGUUCCACAGGGGUCCAUACCUGCUUUGUGUGCAAGAGUAGUGGGGAAGAUGUAAAACGGUGCUUGCUGCCCCUCUGUGGGAAGUAUUACCAUGAGGAGUGCAUACAGAAGUAUCCACCCACGGUCAUGCAGAACAAGGGCUUCCGAUGCUCUCUGCACAUAUGUAUGACUUGUCAUGCUGCUAACCCAGCAAACAUCUCCGCAUCUAAAGGUCGCCUGAUGCGCUGUGUGCGGUGUCCAGUUGCAUACCACUCCAACGACUUCUGCCUUGCUGCUGGGUCCGUGGUCCUAGCCUCCAACAGCAUCAUCUGCCCCAAUCACUUCACUGCGCGGAGGGGCUGCCGCAACCAUGAGCACGUCAACGUCAGCUGGUGCUUCGUCUGCUCGGAAGGGGGCAGCCUUUUAUGCUGUGAGUCGUGCCCGGCUGCCUUUCACCGUGAGUGUCUAAACAUUGAGAUGCCAGAGGGAAGCUGGUAUUGUAAUGAUUGCAAGGCAGGCAAAAAGCCACACUACAAGGAAGUAGUCUGGGUGAAAGUUGGGCGCUACAGGUGGUGGCCAGCUGAGAUUUGCCAUCCCAGGACAAUUCCUGUCAACAUCCAGAAAAUGAAACAUGACAUUGGCGAGUUCCCUGUGCUGUUCUUUGGCUCCAACGAUUACUUGUGGACCCACCAGGCCCGUGUGUUCCCUUACAUGGAAGGUGAUGUCAGCAGCAAAGACAAGAUGGGGAAAGGUGUGGAUGGCAUAUACAAGAAAGCUCUUCAGGAAGCUGCAGUAAGAUUUGAAGAGUUGAAGGCACAGAAAGAACUGAGACAGCUUCAGGAAGACAAAAAGAAUGACAAGAAACCUCCUCCGUACAAACACAUCAAGGUAAACCGGCCAGUGGGUAAGGUGCAGAUCUUCACUGCAGACCUGUCGGAGAUACCACGUUGCAACUGCAAACCAACAGAUGAAAACCCAUGUGGCCUGGACUCGGAGUGCAUCAAUCGCAUGUUGCUCUACGAAUGCCAUCCCAUGGUCUGCCCUGCUGGGGAGCGCUGUCAGAACCAGUGCUUUUCCAAACGGCAGUAUCCCGAGGUACAAAUUUUCCGCACGCUGGCACGAGGCUGGGGCUUACAAGCCAAAACAGACAUUAGAAAAGGUGAAUUUGUUAAUGAGUAUGUUGGGGAGCUGAUUGAUGAAGAAGAGUGCCGAGCCCGAAUCCGCUAUGCUCAGGAGCAUGACAUCACCAAUUUCUACAUGCUGACACUGGAUAAGGAUCGAAUCAUUGAUGCUGGGCCAAAGGGCAAUUACGCUCGGUUCAUGAACCAUUGCUGCCAGCCAAACUGUGAGACUCAGAAAUGGUGUGUGAAUGGUGACACUCGGGUUGGUCUCUUCGCGCUUGUAAAUAUCAAAGCUGGAACUGAGCUGACUUUUAACUACAACCUGGAGUGUUUGGGAAAUGGAAAGACAGUUUGCAAAUGUGGUGCCCCAAAUUGCAGUGGCUUCCUGGGAGUACGGCCGAAGAGCCAACCCAGUCUCACUGAGGAAAAGUCCAAGAAGCUAAAGAGACGGCCACAGAUGAAGCGCAGGUCACAGGCGGAGGUCAUGAAGGAGCGAGAGGACGAGUGUUUCAGCUGUGGGGAUGGAGGGCAGCUAGUUUCUUGUAAGAAGCCAGGCUGCCCCAAAGUGUACCAUGCCGACUGCCUCAACCUGACCAAGAGGCCUGCAGGAAAAUGGGAGUGCCCAUGGCAUCAGUGUGAUUUGUGUGGCAAGGAAGCAGCUUCCUUCUGCGAGAUGUGCCCCAGAUCCUUCUGCAAGCAGCACCGAGAAGGCAUGCUCUUCAUCUCCAAGCUGGAUGGACGUUUAUGCUGCACAGAGCAUGAUCCCUGUGGGCCCAACCCGCUAGAGCCAGGAGAAAUUCGUGAGUAUGUGCCGCCCAUAGGGGCACUGGCUAACGGCGAUGACACCCAGCCACCAGAGCAGCCGUCUGCAGAUACAGACCUGAGUGUUCAGUCUUUGGAGAGGCUACCUCAGUCCGUGGCCUUCAGACUGCAGACAUCAGACAAACCCCCUGCUACCCUAGCCCUGAGGCUGCCACCAUCAGACAAACCCCCCACAACCCUAGCCCUGAGGUUGCAGCCAUCAAACAAGCCCCCCACCACCCUGGCCCUGAGGUUGCCUCCACCAGACAAACCGCCUGCCACCCUGGCACUGAGACUGCCACCAUCAAACAAACCCCCCACUACCUUGUCACUGAGGCUGAAGCCAUCCAACAAACCCCCUACCACCCUUUCACUCCGGCUGCAGCCUUCAGACAAACCUCCUACCACCCUGUCGCUCUGUUUGCAGCCUUCAGACAGGCCCCAGGCUGCCCUGUCCCUAAGGCUGCAAUCAGAGAAGCAACCCAUCGUUGUAGCGCUGAGGUCUCAGCAGCCUGACAAACCUCCCACCAAUGCAGUGCUGUGGCCACUGGAUGAGUCUCCUAGCGACUCCUCACAGCCUCAUCUGCCAAGCAAAUCUCCUCCGGGAACUCCGCAGUCAUCAGACGAGUCACUUGUUACUGCUGGUGACCUGCAGCUCCAGCUAUCGGACAAGCCUCCUGCCACUGCUGGGGUUUUGGGGUUCUCAGACAAGUCUCUUGUUGGCAUCAGGACCCAGCAGCCUCAGCUGCUGGAUGAGUUUCCAACAAAAUGCCUGCAUCCUCAACUGUCGGACAGACUUCUCACCACUGCUGGGACCCUGCAGUCCCAGGCAGUGGAUGAGCCUCCUGUGGCCAAUCAGCCUCAGCUGUUGAAUAAAGCUUCUGCUCAGAGUCCACAGCCUCAGUCUGUGGAAAAGGCUCCCAGCUCUGUAAAGCCACGUGUCCCAGCAUCUGAGGAGGCUCCUGGCCCUGGGGUGCUGUGGCCUCUGCCCAUUGAAAAAGUUGCCAGCUCCUCAAUCUCACGGAUCCUGCCCACGGAGAAGGUUCCUGGAUCUGGGGUGCCACGGCCCCUGUUUCCGGAAAAAGCUUCCUUCUCCGGAGCUGUGCGGCUCCCAGCCAUGGAGAAGGCUCCCAGCUCUGGGAUGCCACGUCCCCUGCCUUUGGAGAAGGCUCCUGCAUCAGGGAUGUCACGGAUCCUACCCACAGAGAAGGCACCCAGCUUAGGUGUACUGCGGCCCCUGCCUCCAGAGAAGGCGCCUGGCUCCAGGUCACCGCACAUCCUGCCAGUGGAGAAGGCUCUCGGCUCAGGGACGCUGCGGCUUCCACUUGUGCAGAAAGCCCUCGCCCCUGGGGUGCUGCGGCCCCUGCCUCCGGAGAAGGCUUCUGGCUCCGGGACACUGCGGGUUCUGACUCCAGAGAAGACUCUUGGCUCUGGAGCGGCCCGGCCUCAGCUGUUGGAGAGGCCCCUCACUCUUGCAGCCCCGUGGCCUCAGGCAUCAGACAAGCUGACUGUGGCUGUAGCUCCUCGGCCUCAAGUUUUGGAUAAGCCUCCAGUUGCGUCAGCUCCAAGGCUGUUGCUGUCUGAGAAGGCGCUGCGGCCCGUCGACCAGAACGCUCAGCCGAAGGAGAGAGGAGCCACUGCUAUAGAGGUGAAUCCCCAGCAGAAAGAGAGGACCAUGUUACCUGGUGAGCAAAUCUCUUGGUCUGCUGGGAAAGCAGCGACGCAUGUCGGACAGGUACCUUGGCCUACGGAGAAACUACAGACACAUGAGCAAAUCCACUGGCCCGCUGCAAAAGCCCUGACGCCUGCAGAGCAGUCUCCUCGGACAGCAGAGAAACUACCAGAGCCGACUCUUCAGCCUGGCUGGGAAGUGGCUUCAGCCCCCGCAGAGCAAACCCCUUGGACAUCAGAAAGGUUGCAUGCAUUUGAGCAGACCCCUCGGCCUGCCAGGGAAGCGCCAGUGUCCCCAGAGCAGACGCAGUGGAUUGUCAGGAACGUUCAGACAAUUGACCAGAUUUCUUGGCUGGCUGGAAAAGUACAGACUCCUCGGGGGCAGGACCCUUUGCCUGAACAAAACACAGCGCUAGCCCAUAACCAGGAUUCUGUCUGUCAUGAAUUGGCUGACUCAGAGCCAAAGUGAGGUUGGUGAAUAUGGGAGGCAGGUUUCAGUCUUUUAAUGUUUAGGGAGGGGGUUAUUCUUUGUGUUUUCUUUUUUUAUUUUUAUUCACUUCCCUGAGCCCAGCCCCUAACCCAUGCACAUCCUAUCCAUAUUCUCUCAUGACAUGAGCAAGGACAUUCACUUAAGUCUGAGUGUGGCCCAGCCAAGGGGAGAGAGCAUCCGUGACCUUUUCCUCUUCCUUUUGCAAAUGGUAAAGCUGAAAUAAAGAGUCCACUCUGGAUAAAAUCUGAAAUUCCAUUGGAAUGGUCACAUUACUGAUCCAGCAUGUUCAAGCUCCACGUCUGAUUCAUAGGUGGGUUCCCAAGUGCAGCUAGGGGGCCCUUUCUUCUUACUGUGUUUAGAGGGAGCAGAUUGGUUAGGCUGCCCUGGAAUUGGAUCAGAUGGUGAGCAAUCAGUUGUAUUCCCUUGCUAGACUCUGUAGAAGCAGGGAAGGGGUUUAUCUGUGGUCUGCCCAGUUCUCUGUCCCUCCAGGGUUUUGCUUUGCAAGGUUUGUCCAUACGUUCACUGGGAUGUGCUGCGUGCAUGGUUCACUGAAGGACAGGUAUUGUCUCCAGCUGAGUUAGGAGAGGAGCCAGCUGCACCCGGUUUGUGCAGUUUACUCCAGCAAUAGGCAAUAUCCAUUAAGGCUCCUUUAUACAAAGCUGCGACUGUCUAGGCCCAAGAAACGGGAAAUCUGAAGGAGGUCAGAGGAAAGAGAGAUUUUGGAAGAAGCCAUCUGGCAGUUUUUUCAUUCUUGUGUCUUAAUCCUUUAGCACAGGACACGCAGAGUGUUUCCUGCACUUGAAAACAUUGUUACCUGUAAAGCAGCAAUAGCAGAGUAGAGCAGAGUGAAUUUCCCCAAGGUGCUGUGCGCCACCCCUGCAGGGUGUCGGUGCUCCCUUUGAAAUUUCCAUCUAGUCUCUUCUUGACUUCUGUCAUUACCAUGAGCCAGCAAACUAAGCGGUCUUUUCUUCGCUUGUCUCUGACGUGUUCAGGACACGUGUUCGCAUCAUAUCUGGUCUUCCCAGCAGAGUGAUGCACUGCAGAGCUGCAAGUGAAGCCUGUGUCAUUCGCUCUGCAGCACAGAGGCAAGAAUGCUGUAUCUGUUUCGGGACCCAUCUCAACACCUUCCCCUUGGGUAGCUUCUGGCUUAACUCAUCUACAACCAAAGGAGACUUGAAUUAACUGGACUGUAUUGGUGUGUGUGUGUGUGCGUGUGUGUGCGCGCGUGUGUGUCCUUCCAACUGAAUAGUAGUUCUCACACUGGAACACGGUGGGCUCUAGCAGCUGGCUAGCAUUCUUUUUUCCUCUUCUCCCUUUUACAGUUAAGGAGUUGUUUUGUACCUGGUGGUUGUCAGGCUGGUGUCCAGACUAGGCCUGCUGAAAGCAGUUCAUUACUUGAGUGCUGAGGCAGAAGUUUGCUUUGCUGUGACGCUCGUGAGGCAAGCGGUAGAACCAGGGACCGAAGGAGUGGCACCUUGUGACACCGGCCACCACCGCCCUCGCGGACAGGAGGAGGGCAGGCAUCCCCGGGCAGCGCUGCCCGGGUUUGAUCGGGUUCGGUAUCCUGCCAUCAGGAAGCGUUGCUGACCAGCACACUCUCCCACUCUCACAACACAUUACCUCUGUGAUUUGCCUGAGCUCGCGAGUCCCGCAGCCGUGGAUUGCUCUGUGCCAGCCACUCGACUUUUGUACAGCUCCAGUGUAUCCUUCUAGGUCCAGGCAGAUCUGUAGAUCUCCCCUCCAAGGGAGACUUUAGCUCUAGGCUGACCCUUUCCUCCUGACUUGGGAGCAGGUGGUCGUUAGCAUUUGGCUUGCAAGUGCUUGCUGCUCCCGGAGCCGGAUGGUCUUUAGCUUUGCAGUGUUCUAUGAAGGGAGACAGACACUUGUACCAAGACAAAUCCUGAUCCAUUCUCCUUUCCUGCUGUGCGCACCCAAGACAAUGUCCUGCUGUAAAGGCUGGGUGUGCUGGGCAUGAGGGGACAUUACCAGUACUAUGGUGCAUCCCUUCUCUAGUCCGAAUCAUUUCAGAUCCUUUGUAGAAUAGCUAGCGACUUUGAAAAGCUUUAUGGCUUAUGGAAACUUACUGUUUAAUGUUGUUUUUCCGGGAAGACUGGCAGGUCAAUUCCUGCUUGCUGCUGAAACUGGGGAAAUGCAAGCAGCUUGUGUUUCUGCGUGACUCCUGCACAAAGGGAAUCAGGACAACUCCUCAGAGCCAUUGAGAGAGAAGAUAUACUAAGGGCAUUUAUUAACUUUUUUUAAACAAAAUAAAAAAUGGUAAUGAGGUUCAGUAUAUUAAGUAUUUAUCAUGUGUGAGAAGGAAAAUAAAUCUUGAAUUUACAUUUAUAGGCCUUCCCAUGAGCUGGACUUAGUCAUGUAGAUUGUGUAAGUAGGGUUACCUCCGUGCCAGCCACCCAGCCAGCUACAGCUGUAACCAGAAAGGUAUCUGCACUGCUCUGUCCAACUCCGCUUUGCAUUGUCAUGUGUUAACUAGUUAUUUGUUUCAUGAAAAAUAAACUGUGAAUAUUUUUGGUGCAGGCUAUUUUAAAUCUGUAUAAUGGAGAAGUUCUCAAUGAAUUCUCGUAAGUGCAGGUUUGAAAAAAUUACUUCUAUAAGUCAUGUGUUCAAAUAAUAGGGUGAGGUUCACAGCAGCAGAAGCCUUUCACACAACACAGCAAGCUGUUAUCUAAAAACUUGUUUUGAACAGUGAACGUAGAUUGAACUGUUGCAUGGCGUUUCCAACCCACAGCCUUAUUCCUUGCAUCUGACUGUACCCCACCUCUCUUCUUGUCUCCCUUCAUGCCUUUUCCAUGAGGAACCAGUUUUCCAGCUUGCUGCCUUCCUUGCUACGUGUUGGAAAGUUGACUUCAACAAAGCUGGGAGGCUGCUCAGUAGAACAUGACCUGGCAUUGGGAAAUGUCAUUGAAGGAGGACGCCAACAAGCUGUCAUUCCCUCCCAGCCCUCGUGGUCCCCUGGGUAAUGUUUUGUCAAAUCAGGAGGGUUUCGUAGAUGUGCCCAGGGCUCGCAGAGGGAGAAUUCAUGCUUUUAGGAAUAACUGACUGUGCUGGGUCACCUCAGCAAAAUGGGCAAGGCCUGAAAAGGCAGGGAGAUAGGUCCCUCUAGGCCAGACUGAGAGACGUGCUCUGCUUUUACCAGCCUCUCUUUCAUCUGGAGGUGAACAAUGUGAUCUCGGGGUGGCAGACAGCUUCAGGAGACAAAACCCAUGUGAAGAAAACGUGGGCUUCUUCAGCACUUGAGGGGACGCUUACUGUUUGUGGUAGCUGGUAGCACUUCCUUGGAGGAGGAGAGGGCGAGGUGCGUACUGGCGCUCCUUCGGUUCAGUUUCUGAAGUUCAUUGCUGCCUUUCAGAGUCUUGUCAAUUUGAAUCGCUGCAUGUUUUUAACGUAGAAGGAAGCGGCAGGUAACGCAGUGCCCUGGCAGAACGUUAAUGCAGGAGGGAAGCUGCCGGUGUGAGCCCACGACGCGGUAUGCAGGAGGUCCUGCACCACGGGAGAUGGCCGGCACCGUGCUGCCAGCAUGGGAGGGGAGCUGCCUUUGCUGUCAGGCUCUAGCUCCGCAACUAAGGCCAGGGCACUUUCUUGGAUAGUUGAAGGGAUCUGAUCUCCUGGCCACAAGUGGUCUCAGAUCAGAUGUUAUUGCGCACAAGGUGGAGGAGAGAGGACUCUUGUGUUAACGUGCUGCCAUGGAGAGUUUACAAACACAGCCGAGGGUAGUUGUCAUUUCUGCUCAGCUCUGCGUCCCUCUCCGUAGCAUCCUGAGGAUGCUCAUGGAAACCUCCCAGUAACAGUCCACUUGUAAAAACAUCUGUGACUUCCCACCGCUCUGCUGGGGGCUGAAACGGUGUGCUGCCUGUGGGAUGGCCGAGCUCGGAGCAGCGUGUAGUGAUGGCUUCAUGGCAGCUGCGGUCACAGCCCCACCGGCUGGGGCACCGUGGUGCCCACUUCAACAGCAAUUUGGGCAAAGUGGUCUCCAUUCACCUUUGCUGAUAGAGGAGCUCUUCUGAGGGAUGAUAGUGCAGUCAUGGACUUCAGGGGACAAGAUCUGCCCGCCAAAAGUGGCAGGAGGAGAGCUGCAGAGGAGGAAGGGGUACGGGGUGUGUGUGCAGGAGAGGAGCAGGACACUGGCUACCGUCUUGCUCGGCUCAUCCCGUUUACACCAGUUACACGUUACACUCAUACUGGUCGCUGCCAGCCAGGGCUCUGGUGAACCUGGCAUAAAAGUGACCAUUGCAAGGGAUAAUCCCAUACUGUGUCUCUUCAGAUACUAACUAGCUCACGGUAGCAUUCUUUAUUACUGUUCUCAAGUUAAAACUUCUCCUAUUUAAAAAAAAAUAAAUAACAGAUUCAUUUCCAUGCACAAACUAUCCAGAUAGUACUGUGGGAGCAUGCGUUAUAAUUUAGGAUUUAACCCCCUCCCCCCACAGGCUCAGGCUUGGCUUUAAAGGUGGGGGCAGUAUUAAAAUUCAAGAGAUCAACUAUAUGGUUAAAUCUAAAGAGCAGCAACAUAUUAAGGUGAGAAGAUGUGGAGUUAGGGUGCUGGAAAAGCUUUGACUGUUUAAUUGAAAAAAGAAUAAUAAAGAAAAAUGAGCCCUAACCCUAACGCAUCUUGCCAGCUGGUUUAACCUGAGCGCAGUUGGUGUAUGUUGCUUGUACUUGGACGUGGUAGCCAGCAGCACUGCAGGGCAGAGGAGAGUUUGUUUGAGAAACCUCAGACCUUCAACACCUUCAGUUUAUUUUUAAUUUCAGCCUUAACUUCUGACUUUGCUUGAUGUUUGGAAUAACCGUAAUUGUAACCUGCUUGUAAUGUGCUUUGCCCUAAAUUACUGAUGAGUCUUUCAGCCUUUGCCAGCGAGUGAAUGUUAAAGCAAAGUGUCAAACUGUGCAGCUACUCUGAAAGGAAGCUACAGAGGCGGCCGCUGGGCUCAGCGAGUUCUCGUGACGUGGUUUGAUCGCCCGAGCUUUGUCCACACUAGUUACUCCGUGCGAUGGUGACACCCCAGCUGAGGCGUUUGCAAGCAAGAGGUGCUCACUCUUGCAUCGGCACAGCCUUGCUGAUGGGCGCUCUGGGUUCCCAGGCCCUGGGAGACGGGACUCCGUAGUUUGGGGACCACUCUGCCGCUUGUCUGGCGUCAGCCAAGACUUGCCUGUGCGGUGGUGACGGGGUGGCAGUGCCCUCAGUUAGCAGGAGGUAGGAGAUGCCUGUUUGUGCUUCGGGGUCUCCUGAAGUGAAGUCAGGCGUGGGUGCUCUCCAAGCACGGUGGCAGUAUGGUGUACGUGAACUUGGGCUAGAGAAGUGGCGGUGAUGGACAGUCCCUACAGCACUGAAUCUACCUCCAAGGGAAAUCUCGAGAAAUUGAUGAUGCUAUGUCCUAUUUCAAGGUAAAGUUUUAAUCAGUUUGCCCUUGGCUAAGUACUUGGGCUAUUGUGGUGCUAUUGUAAAACGUUUGGCAGCUUAGCACGGUAGGGCUGAACUCACAGCUCCUAGCCCCUGGGCUGGAGUUUUUGUCAGCCGAAUCCUGUCCCCGGAUAGCUGGGGCUUGGGCUUUGGUGUGUGUGACAGAAACAGGACAAGGCAUGUCUCUUAAGCUUGGAGAGACUCAAUUCCUUUGAUUUAUGAUGGUUUUGAGACUCAAACCAGCGUGCCAGUGGGGCCCCAUUAGUGUAGAGAGCGAAUGGAGCCACAUGAAGCAAGCCAGGCGUCUAACUGCAUGUUCUUUGUGUCUGUUUGGUACUGAGCUGGUUUCAGUUUUUGGGUUUUUUUUUUUCUGAUGUUUCCUAGUUGUUGACUUCAAGAAACUGGGUUUUGUGUAUUUUUUUUAGACACUGGGAACUUAUUAAAAGGAAAAGCAGCAGCACCAGGAGGCUCAAGGUGAAGCAAGGCUGAGGGUUUGCCCUGGCCAGCACGGGUGGGAGCGAGGUCGGUGCAUCGGCCAUGGUUCAGGCUGGCGCGGGGGCACACAGGGAGCAGCGGUGCUGGUGGCUCUCCCCCCCUGCCACAAGCAGGGGGCAGCCUGGCCGCGGAGCAGCACUGCAGCCCGGGGUGGGCGAGCGGGCGGCUGGGCAAGGGGGUGCCCUGGCUGCCCUAUGUGGAGCGGAAGGGAGCAACGCGGGGUGCGGUUGGCCAGAGCCGCUCUGAAGCAUUAGGCGGGAGGCUUGGUAGGAGCUAACGCUGGUGUCUGCGCCUGAGACUGCUCCUCUGCGUUUCAGAGCAGCAGGACGUGGGGCUGGCGGGCAGCGCCGGGGGCUGAGAGCACAGCCCCGGCAUCGGGGGAGGCAGAGGGCCAGCAUCGGCGCGGAGGAGGUGGCGUUGCGGCGGUCACUGCUUGCCAGCCAGGCCCAGGGUCUGCUGCCUGCCGGGAGGUGGCGGAGGGGAAGCUCUCGCAGGGUCCCAUUUUUCAGGCUUUGCUGAAGGAAAACUUGACUGCGGCGUGGGCGCCCGGCCGCCGAAGGGGCCCACUGGGGGCUGGCUGGAGCCGCGCGCCCGCCAGGGUGGUGUCUGGGGGCGAUGCCGGACGUGGGUGCUCCUGGGAGACGUGUAGCUGCUCAGAGCUGUCCCGGUCUUGUCCGUCAGUUCCAAGCGGAGGAUGCCAGAGCGGGUGAGAGAAACCUACAUAUUUCCAGCAUGUAUAUUAUUUUUAGAAGAGGGAGAGGGGAGAGUCUUGGACCAUUGAUUACUUUCAUUUUGCUCCCCUUAGACUGUUGGCUGUGUAUGUGAAACUUAUAAUGAAAAGAGGGUUGCCCUGCCCAGGUGCUCCCAGAACAUGUACUGUAAUUCUUUGUAUAUAGAAGAAAAAUUACUGUAAAGUAAAGUUUAACUUUACUCUCGA